AUGGCUAAACAUUGUUCCAGCAGAAGAGCUCAGAAGUGCAAAAAGGCUUAUGUCUCUACUCUUGAUGAUAUUCCGGAGGAAGAACCCUGUGAAGUAAUAUCUAACAGUAAUGCACUUCUUGCCAACUCUAACAGUGAUGAAUCCUGUAAUGAUGUAGUGUACUCUGCUGAACAAUUAAACUUCCCUUGGCUAAGAUUUUGGAAAGCAAAUUUGCCACCAAAAAUUCUUCAUUUUCUAUGGAAAUGUGUGCACAACUAUUUGCCUGUGAAUGAAAGAUUAUCUAAGCAUGCUCAUAACAUUGAUGAUCUUUGCCCUUUAUGUAAAUCUGUGCCUGAAACUGUUGAUCAUUUACUCUUAAAUUGUCAUGUAUCAAGAGAAAUUUGGGUAGCAGUAGAAAGUAACUUUGCAGGUAUAACUUUAUGGAACAUCUGUAAAGCCAGAUGUUCAACUAUUUUUGAAAAUACUGACCUGCAGGUUACCAGAAUAGUGAGCCAGAUCCAAAAGGAGCAAACUGAAUGGUCUGAAAUUAAAGCUGUUACAGAGAUGAACGAGUGCAGAAUUGUAGCUGGUGGAGUUCAGUUGGUAAUUGAGUUGCAGUUCAGGCGAAUGACACAGGGUCUAGUGGUGUGGAUAGGUUCUGAUGCAGUUUGUAUGGGUUUCUGGAACUGGGAAUUGCAUAAUAAGCUUGUACAGCUGGAUAUUACAAGAGAAGGCCAAGAAGAUGCAGUGGCAGUUGCAGAUGGUGUUAUGAUGGGUAGACGAGAUUAUCUCGUUAAGGAUGAACCUGUUGUUGUUGUCGCUGAGAUGUGGAGGAGCUCGAAAUGGAAGCUGGAAGCUGUGAAUGUAAAUUUCAAGGGAGAUGGCCCGCAGUUAGAAGAAGUGAUUGAACAAGAGAAUAGGCUGUUAGUUCUCUGGAACUGA